CAUCCGUGAAACGCGGCUAAAUGAGGGCCUGCUAGAUCUAGGAAAGUCCAAGCUCUAGCAUUGGAAGUCCCUCCCCAUGAACUUCAAUGACACAACACAGAAUAUAUUAAAACAUUAAAAAAAACACAUAAGCUGAGGGAAAGUUAAGAAAAGACAAAACUUCAAUGGAAUUUUGUUUAUUUGUCUUAAUAUCGCUUGCAUUUACCUAAUAACAUCUUUGUUGUCAAUGGCUGGAAUUCGUAGCUUCUUCAUUGAACCCCAAACAUCUAUAUGAUUUCUCUAGGCUUUUGCCUUGUGUGAACUUGUUGAAGAUGGCAGCUGCAACAUCCAGGACAAGGAAAGGGAAGAUAAGAUGGAGCAAACUGUAUUCUUUUGCUUGCUUGAGACCCUCCACAUCCGAAGAACGACCGGCUGAUCGAGUCGGUCAGCCGGGGUUCUCUCGGGUCGUUUUCUGCAAUGAGCCUUACUUGCACAAGAAGAAGCCUUACAAGUAUCCCUACAACAAUAUAUCCACAACCAAGUACAACGUUCUGACUUUCCUUCCAAGGGCACUUUUUGAGCAGUUCAGAAGAGUGGCCAACUUCUAUUUUCUAUUGGCAGCUGUUUUCUCACUCUUCUCUUUGGCUCCUUUCUCUCGGGCUAGCUUGAUCGUUCCUUUAAUCUUUGUGGUUGGAAUCAGCAUGAUUAAAGAGGCCAUCGAAGACUGGCAUAGAUUCUUGCAGGAUUUGGAUGUAAACAAUCGGACCGUGAAGGCUCAUCUAAAUAAUGGAGUGUUUGUGGAUAAGCCGUGGAAAGAUCUUCGUGUAGGAGAUGUUGUAAAGGUUAACAAAGAUGAAUACUUUCCUAGUGACAUCCUUUUGCUGUCUUCCAGCUAUGAAGAUGGUCUUUGUUAUGUGGAAACCAUGAAUCUUGAUGGAGAAACGAAUCUAAAGAUCAAAAGAUGUUUGGAAGCCAGUCUUUGCUUAAAUGAGGAUGAAGAAUUCAGUCAAUUCAAGGCCAAAGUUCGUUGUGAGGAUCCGAAUCCGAAUCUUUACACCUUUGUAGGAACGUUAGAGUUCGAGAAAGAAUCAUAUCCGUUGAGUCCUUCUCAAUUGCUUUUACGUGAUUCGAAGCUCAGGAACACUGAUUACAUCUAUGGGGUAGUGAUCUUCAGCGGACACGAUACGAAAGCAGUACGGAACUCGACAAGGUCGCCGUCGAAACGUAGCCGAAUAGAGCGGAAAAUGGAUCAUAUUAUCUACAUUCUGUUCUCGAUGCUUGUUUUGGUUUCAUUGGUUUCCUCCAUUGGAUCUUCACUGUUCUUGAAACAUGACAUGGUUGAUUGGUGGUACCUUCGAUUGCCGGAUGGUUCGAGCUCGGAAGAUGAUGAUGAUGAUGAUCUCUUCUUCAAUCCAUCAAAGCCGGUAAAAUCAGCUGUUUUACAGUUCAUACGGGCUCUCAUAUUGUAUGGCUACUUAAUCCCCAUUUCUUUAUACGUCUCCAUUGAAGUUGUUAAAGUUUUACAAAAAAUGCUUAUAGAUAAAGAUAUAGAACUGUAUGAUGAAGUGACAUGCAAGUCGGUUCAAGCUCGGACUUCGAAUUUAAAUGAAGAACUUGGCCAAGUAGAAAUGAUACUCUCAGAUAAAACUGGGACUUUGACAUGUAAUCAGAUGGAGUUUAGGAAAUGCUCAAUUGCAGGAAUAUCCUAUGGGGGUGACAUAACUGAUGUUGACCUUGCUGCAUCAAUGAGGAUGAAUGCCGAUUUCGAGCCCUUCGAGUUCAGCAUGGACGAGACCAAUAGAGGAACCCGAAGCUUCGAGCUAUUCGAGUUCUCGGUAUCUGGUUUUAGUGCUCAAAAUGGGAAUGCAAGGCUUUUGAAGACCGAGGAACCUGUUAUCAAGGGUUUCAACUUCAGAGAUGACAGGCUUAUGAACAAGAACUGGAUACAUGUACCCAACUUAUCUGAUAUCACAAUGUUCUUUAGAGUCAUGGCUUUGUGUCAUACAGGCAUACCAAUCGAAGACGAUAAUCGUAUAACCGAUAAGCUAAGUUAUGAAGCAGAAUCACCCGAAGAAGUAUCUUUCCUUAUAGCCUCACAGGAGUUCGGUUUCCAGUUUUUUAGAAGAACUCAAUCAUUGAUGGUUCUUAAGGAGUUUGAUCCUUCCUCUAUGAAGGAGGUUGAGAGGGAAUACAAGCUGCUAAAUCUGUUGGAAUUCAGCAGUUCACGUAAGAGAAUGUCUGUUAUAGUUAGCAAUGAAGAUGGUCGAUUUUUUCUACUUUGCAAAGGUGCAGACAGCAUAAUUUUCGAUAGACUAGCUGAUAAUGGAAGGACAUAUGAGCAAGCAACAGCGUUGCAUCUUUCGAGUUAUGCAGAAGACGGUCUUCGCACGCUAGCAUUCGCCUAUAGGGAACUUGAGGCAGCCGAGUAUGAACAUUGGAACAAAAUAUUUACACAAGCCAAGGCCACCAUUGGUCCUGAAAGAGAAGAAUUACUAGAGCAAGCAUCCGAAAUGAUCGAAAAGGAUUUGAUCUUACUUGGUGUUGUAGCUGUCGAAGACAAGUUACAAAAAGGGGUUCCGGAAUGCAUCGAUAAACUCGCCCAAGCAGGGUUGAAAAUAUGGCUGCUUACCGGUGACAAGAGGGAGACGGCGGUGAAUAUCGGGUUCGCUUGUAGCUUACUCCGUCAGGAUAUGAUGCAAUUCCAUUUGAGUUUGAGCAGAGAAGCUGAGUCGAAUAAGGAAGUAAAGGCAAUAGAGGAAGACAUUUUGCAACAAAUUCAAAGUUCAUACAAAUUGCUGUGUGAAGAAGGAAACAAUGAGGCCCCAUAUGGUCUCAUUAUAGACGGAAAAGCUCUCGAAAUUGCUUUACGAGGGAAUGUAAAGGAUGAGUUCUUACAGUUAGCCGUCAACUGUGCUUCUGUCAUAUGUUGUCGAGUGUCCCCGAAACAGAAAGCUCUGAUCACUCGAUUGGUAAAGCAAUACACUGGCAGAACAACUCUUGCGAUUGGCGAUGGGGCAAACGAUGUCGGUAUGAUUCAAGAAGCUGAUAUAGGAGUUGGGAUCAGUGGUAUGGAAGGAAUGCAGGCAGUCAUGGCCAGUGACUUCUCGCUACCGCAGUUUCGAUUCUUGGAGAGGUUGCUUAUAGUUCAUGGCCAUUGGUGUUAUCAGAGAAUAUCAAAGAUGGUUCUUUACUUUGUCUACAAGAAUGUUGCAUUUGGCCUCACUCUGUUCUACUAUGAACUAUACACAAGUUUCUCCGGAGAAGCCUUGUAUAAUGACUGGUAUAUGACAAUGUUCAAUGUGAUGUUGACAUCUUUGCCCGUCAUCGCGUUAGGUGUCCUAGAGCAGGAUGUUUCGUCGGACAUAUGCUUGCAGUUUCCAGCACUUUAUCAGCAAGGGCCGAGGAACGUACACUUCAGCUGGAGCCGCAUUAUCGGGUGGAUACUAAACGGUGUGGUUACUUCCCUAGUCAUCUUCCUCGCAAACAUCUACAUACUCUCCCCGACCGCAUUACAGAGAAACGGAUUCGUCGUCGACAUUGAUUCCCUCGGAGCUAUAACGUACACCUGUGUGAUCUGGACAGUCAAUUGUCAAAUCGCUCUAAUCACCCACCAUUUCACUUGGAUCCAACAUCUCUCCAUAUGGGGAAGCAUCCUUUUAUGGUACAUUUUCUUGCUAGUCUAUGGUGCAUUGCCUCCGAAUCUAUCGGGAAACGCAUUUCAAGUCCUCAUCGGAGUCAUCGGACCGGCACCCUUAUACUGGACAAUCACGAUGCUUGUCGGCGUCGUUUCUCUUCUACCUUACUUCGUACACAUCACAAUCCAAAGAUCGUUUUAUCCAAUGGAUGACCAUAUCAUCCAAGAAAUGGAGAAAUGCUUGAAGAAAUAUGACGCGAGAGACAAUGAAAUGUGGGAGAGAGAGCAACGGAACUCACAGAGAUCCACUAACAUUGGGUUCUCAGCAAGGGUUGAAGCAAAAGUUUUGUCAUUCAGUCAGCAGAUGCAACAGAAGAAAUUGUCAGUUUACAGAAGUGUGACAAACAGCCCCAUAUAUAGAUCAAUAACUAGAACUCCCUUUUCAUGACCAUCUGUUUCCUCCAUUCAUUUAUUUC